ACAGUAUCAUUUCGAGACUAUCGAAGAGGAAAAGAUGCCUGAGCCAGCGAAAUCCGCCCCGAAGAAGGGCUCCAAGAAGGGUGCAACCAAGAGUGCCAGCAAAGGAAGCAGGAAGAGGAGAAGGCCCAGGAGGGAGAGUUAUGCCAUCUACGUGUACAAGGUGCUGAAGCAGGUCCAUCCUGACACCGGCAUCUCGUCCAAGGCCAUGGGCAUCAUGAACUCCUUCGUGAGUGACAUCUUUGAGCGUAUUGCAGGUGAGGCGUCUCGUCUGGCUCAGUACAACAAGCGCUCCACCAUUAGCUCCAGGGAGAUCCAGACCGCCGUGCGCCUCCUGCUCCCUGGGGAGCUGGCCAAGCACGCAGUGUCUGAAGGCACCAAGGCUGUGACCAAGUACACCAGCUCCAAGUAAACUGCUCAACUGUUGAACGGAAACCAACCCAACGGCUCUUUUAAGAGCCACCCACCUCCUCUGGAGAGCAGACAGUUCAAUGUGAUCUUCCAGAUUAAUUUAUGCCUUAUGUAACUGCACGCCUGUGAGCUACACUACAUCUGUUACAGGCUAACAUAUUGCUAAUGUAUUACUUUUUAUGUAACUUUUAUUCUCUAUAGUUGCAUUUGAAAAAAAAGUUUUGUUUAGUAUUUCUCAUAAUUAAGUGUCAAAGUUUUCAGUGGUGAAAUAUAAGCAAGUGUAUAUACUGAAGUACUGUGUAUUUAAAUCAUUUUGUAUUCCAUCCCAGAGGCAAAUAUUGGACUGUACUUUUCGCUUGAUUAUUUGAAAUUAGUCAGUAGAAUCAGGUUAAUACAAUAAACUAUCAAUUAAUACAAAAUGUAUGUUAAUAAAAUACGUUUGUGUAUCACAAUAAAACAAUAAUCAAUCACCGUGUAAAAACAUUGGAAAAUCAAAAACCAGAAGUACAACACAGAAAAAUUCCAAAACCAAUUUAAAAUGAAAAAACAAAACAAUAACACAUAUAUAAGUCUUUAGAAGUGAUUUAAAAGAGGAUACUGAAGCAAGCUGGAGUUCCUCAGGCAGGUCAUCACCAGUUGAAACCAGGUCCACCUUUACCAGCUGCAUCAUUAAAGUGUCAAACACAUAAAUGCUUCAUUAACUAUAAUCCAAUAAUACAAUGUAAUAUUAUGAGGCUCUGCAGUAUGAGUACUUUUACUUUUACUAGGAAAGAUUUCAAAUGCAAGACUUUAUUUGUGACCAAGUAUUUUUACACUGCAGUAUUGCUCUGAUUACUUAAGUGAAAUAUCUGAAUACCCUCAGACCACAUCAGCAUACAGUUUAAUAUUCAUAAUAAUAAUAAUAAUGAUGAUGAUAAUGUAAGUCCCUCUCUGCCUUUUCAGACUUGUUCAGAAGUGCUGCAGUGAAUGCAAUAAGUGAAUUAUGCAGUAAAAUAAUUAAAUCUUCAUUUUAAAAACAUUGUAGGCACAGUGUCUGUUGUGGGCCCACGUGUUUUUUAUGUCAUGAUACUCAUCAAACUGAUUAAGAUAACACUUAAUGGUCACAGUAUAACACCAAGUUGGUCAAACUUCAAGGAUAUCAAACUGUCAGUUUCAGCUGCUUUGGUGCAAAUCAAAGUGACAACAGGUGCAAUGCAGAGACAAAAGCAAGACAACCCAAAAACAGGAGUGACUGCACAUGUGGUGGCCACAGACAGCUGUUCUCUCCCCAUCCUUCCUGACUGAUUCCUCUCUAGUUUUGUGCUCUGCAAGUGUCCCCGUCAUGACAGCUUGCAUGAGGUGGUGCCUGCAGCCCUAUGAGGUUGCACAGGUAGUCCAGCUCCUUCAGGAUGGCACAUCUGUAUGGCAGCUGGGAGGAGGUUAGCUGGUAGUCUGAGUAACAAGUCCCACCCAGUCUGAUCACAUGGCCCCAUUCAAAGUGAAACUCUGCAUGGGGUUUUGAGUACUUACCUGCUGUGGUGUUUCAUGCGUGGGCCCACUUGAUUGAGAGUCAUGGUUUGCCUCCUUAUUUGAAGUGACUUGGUGUGCUGUGGUGUUGAAGGCUGCUGGUUAGCUGGUGGGGUGGAUUUGUUGGAGGGGGAUGGGUUAAAGUUGGACCCGUUCUAGACCCUUUGCACAAAGAAGCUGCUGUGGCGUUAUGAA